CAGAAACAACGCAUUUCCGGACACAUGUUUAUGGGAACUUUUUUCUUAGAAUAUCUUUUCCAUAUGCUGCGAACUUAAGUGGGCACACUGUAGAUGCGCUAAAACCUGUAAUUAAAUUACUGUCUUGUCACCUGAACAUUGACACAAUAUAAUGCACAAAUACCCAAAAAAAAUAUAUCAAAAUUGAAUAGUAUCGCAAUGGCCUCCCAUCUCCUGGAGAAAGUAGGGCAAUGGUUCGGAGAUGAUAAACCGCUCCAAGAAUUAGGCGAUCCGAUCGAUUUCGAUUCCGGGCCAUUUUUAGAUUAUGCCAUUUCUUGGGUUUAUAUAUUCAAGAAGCUCUUGAUACCUAGAGACUACAGAAUGACUGCAGUGGGAAAAGUACGGUGUACUGCUGUUUGCGAAAACAUAAAACCAAGGCAUCAAAAUAAACCACGAUGCAAAAUCUAAUUUUAGUUAUUAUUUGGCAACAUUUUAAACAAAAAAUUGUAUAUUUAUAAUAUGUAACAACACUUAUUUAAACAUUAUCAAAGAAGGGUUUUAUUUACUUAAAUAUUCGCCAUUAAAAAAAUAUUAUUAAAGUUUUGGCAUCUUUUUUUAAAUUGCCUAGAAAGUCAUUUCAACAUUCUUCACUACAUUAGUAAAAUCAACUUUAGAUGGAACCAAAUAAAAAGCCGGUGCCACUUGAAUGCCACAAGGACACUGACAUCCCAUUACCCAGCUAAAUGAGCCAACUUUGUGGUUGCACUUAGGACAGUGCAACUUUCCUUGAGUGGUUUGCGCCACAUUCAUCCAAGUAAUGGGUUCCACAAAGAAUGUAUUAACACAUUUAAUUUGUUUGUCUUUUUCUUGAUGCAAAAUCAAGUGGCUUUCUGAGGCAAUUAUUCUACGGCACUUUUUGCAUCUGUAUACGUUGGGCUCAGGUUGUGACUGGACAAGCCCUGGAUCUGGCUGAAUAAGAUUCAGAAAAUUUUGCGGUAAUAUUUUGGCUUUUGCUACUUUAUCAGCUGCCACGCUGAGGCGAAACAUUUUGUAUUUCGUGUAGGAGGGAUCGAUUUUGUAGCCCAUUUCUUUGUAUAACCUUAGCUGGGUUACAAAGCCUUUGUUUGGAAAUACGAGACUUCUUUUGCUUUUGAGUUUGUUGUAAGCUUCAGUGUAUGAUAGUUGGUUUUUUUUCAUCAUGUAUGCUAGGACUACAGUGGCACUUCUCGAAAUACCAAAAUAACAGUGAACAAGUAUUGCUUUAUUGUUGUGCAAUGCUACAAAAAUGAUUCAUUUACUUAUUGGAUAUUUAUGACUGAGCUUAGUUAUUUACCUUCUUGUAUGAAGGCGUUGGUAUCAUCAAAAUGACUAAUUAAAUCUUCUUUUGGGAAAUCAGCAAGUUGUAUAAAUUUUAUUUUGAUGUGAUUCAACUCUGAUAUGUUUCUGGGCAAUGGGCAAGUAUCGAUUGUCAAUAUGUAAGUGAUACCUAAUUUAUUUAAAGUGUCGAUAUCUGUUGCUGCUGCUACACCUCCUAGAUAAAGGUUUGUCUCUAUUCUAUCGUAACUUAUGGGUCCAAGACUAAAAUCUUCUCUAUGUAGGAUGGACGACAUGGUUUUUAUUUAUGUUUUAACGUUGAAAAUGUACAAGAAACUACACAAAAUAUCGAUUUACUACCAUUGGAUUAUGCGGGAAAAGUUAGAAACUUACAAUUUCAAUAGGAAAAAAAUGGCAUUAUUUAAGCACUACCCUAAAGUAAAUCUGCUAAACCAAAUAAACAACUCAAAAGCCAAAUUUUACAAACAUUUUAAUACCGAAACCAAAGUUAUUUUGGGCAUAGAAACCUCCUGCGAUGACACUGGUUGCGGUAUAGUGGACACCCAAGGCAACUUAUUGGGAGAAUCUUUGCAUUCGCAACAUCAAAUACAUUUAAACAAUGGGGGUAUUAUUCCUCCACUUGCAGCAGAUUUACAUAGAGAAAAUGUAGACCGAGUAGUGCAGGGGGCUCUUAAAAAGGCCCGCCUCAAUGUUGAAGACAUAGAUGCAAUUGCUACUACUGUAAAACCAGGUUUACCAAUGUCACUUAAAAUUGGUACAAAAUAUGGAAAGUACCUUUGCCAAAAAUACAACAAACCAUUUAUCCCUAUUCACCACAUGGAAGCUCACGCGUUGACUGCAAGAAUGAUAGACAAAUCCAUUCAAUUUCCAUUUUUGGUUUUACUUAUAAGCGGAGGUCAUUGCUUGUUGGCUGUAGCUCAAAAUGUUGAUAAAUUCUUAUUAUUAGGCGACAGUAUCGAUGAUGCACCAGGAGAAGCUUUUGAUAAACUUGCACGUAGAAUGAAACUGAAAAACUUACCAGAAUAUGCUACACUUUCUGGUGGGCAAGCUAUUGAAUUAGCUGCAUCUAAGGCAACCAAUCCUUUGCAGUUUGAGUUUAAACCUCCAAUGAGCGCCUAUAAGGAUUGCACAUUUAGUUUUGCUGGUAUUAAAAAUAUUUGUACAAGGUAUAUUAUAAAAGAGGAAAUAUUUAAAGAUUUAGCCCCAGAUGAAGUUAUUCCAGAUGUUAAUAAUUUAUGUGCAGGAUUUCUCUUAGUUAUCACUAGGCAUUUAUGCCACAGACUGCAACGAGCCAUCGAAUAUGCUGCCAGAAAACAACUUAUACCUACAGAUAAGCAAACUUUGGUAGUUUCUGGAGGAGUAGGUUGUAACAAUUUCAUAGCUGAAGGACUUGAAAUUGUUUGUAGUGAAUUGGGGUAUAGACUAGUUAGGCCACCUCCAAAAUUAUGCACAGAUAAUGGAAUUAUGAUUGCUUGGAAUGGAGUUGAAAGAUGGAACGCAAACCUAGGGAUUUAUAAAGACUUUGAUAACAUUGACAUACAAAAAUCAUGCCCUCUAGGUACAAGACUUGUAGAAGAGGUAGCCAAAGAAAAUAUUAGCUGUAAAUGGGUUAAGCUAUCUCAACUGAAUAAACCUCAGAGUGAGUGGUAUAGCUUGAAAUCAAGUAUUUCUUAAACUUAUUUUGUAUAAAAAGAAAAUAAAAUUUUUCCUAAACUAAAACUGGUCCUUUCUCUGUCAUAGAUUUCUUCAUAUCACCAUAAACAUCUUCACCUUCAUUCUUAUUUUCUAGUUCACUCAUCACAUCGAGCAAAGUCCUCAAUCUGUGUUUGACUUUUUUGAUAUCCUCUUCACUCUCCCUUGCAGACAUUGCAAUUAUAUCUGAGAAAUAUAACAUAUUUGUGGGCCUAGUAUUUUCAUCAUAUUUGGCCAUAAACUCUUCAAAAUUCUUAAGCUGCUUUUUAACUUCCACAUAUUUUUUAUCAGCAUCAGUUGUGUCCAUUUUAUUCACCAACAAUAUUGAAGGCUUUUUUAAUAAGUCCUCAUUGUAUAAUUCUAGUUCCUUGGUGAGUAGCAUAAUAGUUUCUAAGCAACUUCUAUGAGGAUACUCGUGACUCAAUUGAAAACCAUUAAUAUCAACAAUCAUUAGUAGUAGUUUAGUUCUUUCUAUGUGCUUUAAAAAUUCAUGCCCCAUUCCUCUAUUAGCGUAAGCACCUUCAAUUAAGCCUGGCAAAUCUGCUACAGAUAUUUGUCUUAAAU